AUGACGCCGUGAGUUUCAUUAAUUUUUAAUUGCGCGUCAGAUAAAGUGUAUUGUCUGAGGCUCAUCGUCCUCUACAAAAUUUUUGCAAAGUGCAGUGCCUAUGGCGGCAUUCUGCAGAAAAGCUUCAUGCAUUUUGCAAAUCAGUGCUUUGCAUUUCGCACAGAAGUACCUCGCAUUUUGCACUUUUUUUCGUAUGUAUAAAAGUGAGCCCAAAAAGAAAUGCAAAACGCGAGGUUAUUCUGGGCAAAAUGCAAAGCUCUGAUCUGCAGAAUGCGUGCAACUUUUUUUGCAAAAUGCCAGCAUAGGCACUGCACUUUGCACGAUUUCUGUAGAGUCGCGUAUUUUUCUUGGAAUUUUUAUUUUUUUUUUUCAAGGCUUUUCUAGUUUUGGGUUAAUUUCCUAAUGACUGCGAUGGAUAGGGAAAAUUUCAAAAAUUUUUCGGAAAGGUUUUGAAAAUUAAGGUUAUCUCAGUUCAUUUUGGGGUUACAAGAAAAAUGAUCUUAUUUUUAGAUUCGUCUAAUUUUAAUCUUUCUAAUGAUUUAAAACUCGAAAAAUUUAAGCUUAAAUUACUCUCUACUUUCUACACACUGCCUGAGGACCUGCGCGCUGAAAUUCCUAUCUAACAGAAAAUGGCUAGGCAGUGUGUAGAUCAAGGAGAGGCCAGCGCGCAGAUCUCUAGACAGUGUGUAGAAUGAAGAAAGUAAGAUUCUGGUCUCUCCAAGCUCAGCGUGCUGUCUAAGCUGCUUUUUUUUCUGGAAAUUUUUAUUUUUCAAAUUUGGUUUUGAGCGUAAAAUAAAGUGCAUUGGCCGCAGAUUGGUGUGAAUUUCGCCUUUCUCAGAUUCUAUCAAACGAUCAAACUGAUGUUCGUCGCCUGUAUCAUGAUUUCCUACCCGCUCCAAUUUUACGUCCCGAUGGAGCGCGUCGAAAAAUGGAUCACGCGAAAGGUUUCGAAACGAAAUUUGAGCCUUUUCGAUUGCAAAAAUGAAAUCGAUUUCCAGAUUCCCGUCCAUAAACAAACGCUCUACAUCUACGCGACACGAUACGCUGGCGUCCUUUUGACAUGUUCGGGACCGAAAUUAACGAAAAAAUAUAGUCAUAUACAAAAUUCAGGCGCCGUCGCCGAGUUGAUACCUCACUUGGCCCUGUUUAUUUCUCUAAUUGGAGCCUUUUCCGGCGCUUCGAUGGCCCUUCUUUUCCCGCCUUGCAUCGAGCUUCUUGUUCGUUUUUUCCUGGUUCAAAAUGACGUCAUUGACUCCGAUGACGUCAUCAAAUGUGAUUCGAAAAACGUGUUAUGGAUGAAAAAUGCAGCCAAUUUGAAAUUUUCAAAAAAUUUUUUGCUAAAUUCUAGUUUUCGCGCUUUUUGUCCGCAGACUAUCAGAUCCUUUAAACUUGUUUCCAAAACUCGAAAAAUGACGUAUUUUUUUUUGAACCGAAGACGUCAUUGAAUUUGUCUAAGAAAUGCAAAAAUAAAUGACGUCACUCGAUCGAAUGACGCCAUAAAGUCAAUUUUUUAGAAAGAUUUUUUCAGGAACUCUAGAGUGGUCCCUAUAGGGGCAACCUUAAGAACCGUUUUACCAACACCUAUAGGGGCCCCUAAAACAUGCAAAAGUGGUCCCUAUAGUGGACAUGCUAGUCGAUACUUUCAAUGAAAUCUAUGCGAAGAAGCAUUUUCAUGCGAAAAACCCCUCUUCUCCUCUAACCCCUAUAGGGACCACUUUAUAAUUCCUAAGUUAGCUUUAUUUGAAUUGUUUCGAUGGCCUCAAAAAGUUGUGACCCAAAAAAUGUAUUUCUUUUGAAAUUUUGAAGAUAUCAAAUUUUUUCAAGUUAUCAAAAAGUCUUGUCAUUUUUCAGAACAUGAAAACAAGGUUCUUAUGAAUUUUUUUUCAGACAAGCUAUGCCAAGUCGGAGCUGACGCCUACCCUUUGGGCCAAAAAUAUCGGACUUUUGGUUUUCGCCCUGAUCGGCUUCACGACGGGAACCUACAGCGCACUUGUCGAAAUUGCAAAAACUUUCGCCUAA